AUCACAAACAGCCAGCACACAAGUUUAUGUUGAUAUUCCUCUUUCUAUACUUGAAGAUUCGGUACCGCGUUUAAAGACGAAUACUGAUAGUGGUCACAUAAGUUCUUUUUAUAAUCUGACAUGCGGCUUCUCAAUGUUCACGAGUUGGUAAUCAACGAAUACCAGCAAGAUAUUCCACCAUAUGCCAUACUUUCGCACACCUGGAGUGACGAUGAAGUCUCAUUUGUUGAUUUCGUUGAAGGAAAAGCUCCAUCCCGAAAAGGAUACUAUAAGAUCUUAGGUUGCUGCAAACAAGCCAUCUACGAUGGUCUCGAAUAUGUGUGGAUCGAUACUUGUUGUAUAGAUAAACGCAGCUCGGCGGAGCUCUCCGAAGCUGUCAAUUCCAUGUUUAAUUGGUACCGAGAUUCAACUGUCUGUUAUGCCCAUCUUGAAGAUGUUCCAAGCAGAAAAAUGGGGGAAUACAGGAACAGUUCGACAGGCUAUUAUUGUUCUUCAAGCUUCAAACACAUCCGCUGGAUAACUCGAGGAUGGACUCUGCAGGAGCUCAUAGCUCCAUCAGUUCUCGUGUUCUUCACGUCUGAUUGGAUUAGUAUUGGAAGUCGAGAUGAACUCAAACAUGUUAUUGCCGAGAUCACCCACAUAGACCCUGAUUUCUUCCUCUAUGGACGACUAAGCGACUUUAGUAUCGCUCGCAGGAUGUCUUGGGCAUCACACAGGCAAACCUCUCGAAUCGAAGACCAAGCUUAUUGUUUGCUGGGACUCUUCGGCAUUACCAUGCCUCUUGUUUAUGGCGAAGGUAAACGCGCGUUCGUGAGACUCCAGGAAGAAAUUAUUAAGGAAUCAAACGACCAAUCUAUUUUUGCUUGGUGCCCUAACGGACUGGGGUAUCAAAAUUCCAGCUUCGUUGAUCCCAUUCAAUGUGGUCUUCUGGCCCCAUCCCCUCUCUAUUUCGCUACUUCUGGGAGUAUUGUGAGGUGCGGGAACAGUAACCGCGUACGGUGUAUAAACGAGGAUGAUGAGGAUGAGUCGCCAUAUACAAUAACCAACAGAGGCAUUCAAAUAUCCUUGCCAAUAAUUGAACAUCGAUUCGGGGAUGGGCUAUCUUUUACAUUCUUACAAGGAAAGGGACCAUAUAUUUAUCCCUCAAUGUUCGAGCCAUCACAUACAGUUGCUGUUUUAAAUUGCCGAUUCACGAAUCCUCGAUCUCAGAUUGUGAUAUUCCUCCGAGAAGAUAAAAGAGAGCAAAGAUACGUUCGAAUGCUCCACAAGUUUGAACUUACCGAGCUGCCCCAAAUCGAGAUUAGAAGAGUAGCUAUGAAGAAACAAAUAUUUAUACGGGCCCGCAAUGCAUUGGAUACUAUACCACUGUGGCUAAGAUCUAAGAGUGAAAGAAUCGUUAUCAUCGAGGCUUUGACUAGCUACCCAUUAUCCACCUUCCAAUUCAUAAAAGUCGAACCAGAAAUUCGGUGGCAACGUCAGGGAACGGGGGCUCUAUUUCUAUAUACUCAUAAUCUAAACGGGGUCGUCCUCUUAUUCCGAAACCCCGUAGGCGAAGCAUUGCUUCUCCUUAUAGAUCCAUCGGCCUACAGCUUUCCAUUUAACAAUGGUGUUCAUCUCGUUCAUAGUUUUGGAAUACCGGACAAUACAGACUUAUCCCAAUGUUGGCAAGAAUACGAUCGAGGCACUCUAAAAUAUAAAAAAUCUCCAAACGGUCCUCUUUCUAUACGCCUUAUCGCAAGACAAGCCGCACAUGCGUAUAUUAUAAGGCUGGAAUUAGCCACCGAAUUGGACGUCUCGGAUACCACUAUGAAAUAAUAUUGUCCUGAUUUAACUAUGGGCAUCUAGGGUCAUUACAAUCACUUCCUAAAUGUUACCUUUAGCAUAACGUAGCAAUAUAAUUCGGUGGCCGGCAGUGCGGGUAAUCUUGCCGCCCAACAACAUAGAGGCGUGCCCAAUUGGGACGAGGAUACGAUAUGGCCGGGUCUAGACUCGGUGCUGUGCCGUCGGAACAGAAGCUUGAAUCACACGAU